CACCAAGUAACAACGUGACCUUCCCCCGGUAGUUGAUAUACCGGACCAUUGACACAUGUUUAAUUUUGAGUGUUUUAUCGGUCAAGAUGCGGAUUCGUGAAACUUUUUUUCUCCGAAGCACAGAGACAAUCCAGUAGUGAGGGUUUAUAUUUAUAGUUUCACUUUUGAAGCAACUUUAAAGGGAUUUAUAGCCAUGCUACGACUCUUCGCUACCCAAGCUUGCAAUGUAUUCCGAAACUGCAGUCGUUUUUCGGCAUCGUAUGGUACCAAGAGGCAAAUGAGCGGUUUUCUCCUGGUCCACAGCUCCUGCCAUCACAGAGUAUCCGUCCUCAGUCGCCCCUUCAGUACGGGAACCUCUCCGGGGAAAGAUGUUCUUCAUAUAGAAGAAGAUGAAUCCAAAGACAAGGAGACGUUGGACCUGGACGGAUGGAAAUCUGUGAUGAGAUCCCAAGCAGCAUUUGAGAGUAAGCAAGUCAGCAGUGAAGCUGAAGCAAGUGAUGAUGGUGAAAACCUAAAAGAACCAAGAGGGGAUUUAAGUGAGGCCGCUUCCUUGGAGGCAAUUCGAGAUCUUGUCUGGAUGUGGCAGCAAGCUGGCAAGCAAGUACCGCAGGAGAUCACGGAUGAGGAGCUUCAGACGCUGGCAAAGCUCACCACCAAGUCCGCCAGUAAGAAGUACCUGAAGUACCUGGCUCAGAAGGAGAACCACAAACUGACUCGCAAGGUGAAGCAGCAGCAGAAGAAGGCGGAACGAGAAGCCUGGAUGAAGGAGAAGAGAGAACGCGAGGGCGAUGCUGAGGAAGCGCAGGAGUUAAAAAACACAUUCGUGCUCCAGUUCUGGAACCGCACCCUGGACAAUCUGCUGGCGUGGAGGAGCGCUCAGGCCAUGUUGUUCGGUCAGCCGCUGGUGUUUGACAUGAGCUACGAGUCCAACAUGAGCAGGCGGGAGUUGGAGAACACCGUCUCCCAGCUGCAGGAUGUGGAAGCGUGGAACCGGCGUGCUACCGACCCCUACCACCUCCAUUUCUGCAACCUGCAGCCAGACGGGGGCUACAUGAAGGAGCUGCUCAAACAAUACGGUGCAGAGACCUGGGAACGGAUAUUUAUCACUGGCACCGACCGCCCACACAUCGACGUGUUCCCCCGAGAGCAGCUCGUAUACCUCACGGCCGACUCCCCUAACGUCCUCCGCACCUUCGACCACUCCAAGGUCUACAUCAUCGGAGCUCUGGUGGACCGGUCGAUCCAGUCAGGCUUAGCGUUGGCUAACGCCAAGCGUCUGAACUUGGCCACAGCCCGUCUACCGCUGGAUGAGCAUCUCCACUGGGAGAUAGGAACCAAAAAUCUGACUCUGGACCAGAUGAUCUGCAUCAUGCUCACUCUGAAGGAAACGGGAAACUGGGAAGAGGCGUUGAAGUUCGUGCCUCAGAGGAAGCACGACGGCUUCCACCCGAAGCAGGCACAGAAAAAGAGAAUACGUAAGGGGUUCAACGGUCGACCGCAAGAGGAUGGGGACAGGCUGAAGACAAGUGUAAAGACAUUUAAAAGCCAGAGUUUCUACAAGUCCCAGAAAGAGGUGGAGUUCACUAGAAGAGACAGAACGUCUGGAUUGGCCAGCGACAGAAAAAAUACACCAGCUGCAACCAAAGUGCGGACUUCGUCUAAGAGUACCAUGGAAGGAAGGAAAAGGGCAGGCAAAUCAAAGAUAUGGGGACAUGAUGAGUAAGGUUAGGAAGGACAUGUAUGUUCAAAUGAAAUUUAAAAAACUGUUGAAUAAAAUGUUGUAACGUGCCACUUUGAAAUCCAGUGCCGGUUUCGCAACGUACAAACUGCUUUGGUUUUUAUUUAAGUCGUACAUUAAAAACAAAAGAUGUACAAAACUA